GCCAAACCCCCAACCAACCCAAUGUCAAAAGCACUCUGGAAGGGCCUAGCAUCGGUCGACCCCCCUUCUUCUCCCAGGUUGAUUAACAGCGACGCCAUUUUCUGUGUGGAGGUAGUGAGGAGAUUUCUUCCAUCGGCGCCGGAUCAGGCAUGGAGGUAGCAGGCAUGGAGUUCCUUCUGGACACCGUCGACAGGUUCCCCUUGCUGGAGGAAUUCGCCGACAGUGUUGAGCAGCCGGAUCCAGUUCCCCUGGCGCGGAUGGAAGCAAACGAGCCAAGUUACGCUGGUAGCGCUGUCUCAAAAGAUGAUUCUGGUUGUGCCCAACAGAUUGGUGAAGUUGAGGUGGACAGGAAUGCACCUGCUGCUCGCGGGCGUGCGGCCACAUCUCCAACUCGGUCAGCGCAGUCCACUGGCAGGGUGAACCCCGAAGCCCCCGGGUGGACAAAGAGGUUAAGGCUGGGGAGUGCGCCACCGGACAGGACACCAUGUCCCAGCCGUAUGAGCGCGCUUGAGGAGUCGAUGCGCAAGUAUGCUGAAGAACCCAGGAAAAAUGUGGUGCAGCCGUCGUUGGGUCUGACCUUUGAUUCAGUCGGUGAAGCAUACGACUUUUACAAUUUGUAUUCCUGGGAAACGGUUUCGGCAUUAGAUAUGAAAAGAGCCGGCUUAACGUUGAGAGGACAAAGUGUAUGCAAGAAAUUGUGUGCGGUUGCUCGGUAAGUGCUUUCGGUCUAAAAAGCACCGAUACGGCCAGAACUGCCGAUUUGCCGUCCUGAUACGGGGGGACACGGGGAUACGCCCAGAUACGGCUGGAUACGCGUAUCCCGCAGUAUCCCAUCUUUUUGGAAUUAAAAAAAAGAAAUAAAAUCGGGAUAUGGCCUAGAUACGGCGUGGACACGGUGGGGACUCGGCAGCCAGACUCCAGUGACCAUGCUGCUGCCCAGUUAUCCUCCCGAUAGCAACCAUGGUCAAGCAGGUAACCUCAAUGGCUGCUAGCAAGGAAGGAGAUCUUGAUAGAGAAAGAUGGCAAGGCGGCCGCCAACAAGGAAGAAGCUCCGGCAGGAAGAAAGAUGGGGAGUGUGGUGGCCAGCGAGGAAGAAGAUGGGUGAUGGAAGCUGCCGAUUUGGCGGCGCUGUCGUUUCCUUUCUUCACUGGCGGCUGGAGAAAGGGAGUACGAGAAUGGGAGGUUGGGGUCGGCUGGAGCAGCUGGAGUGCUACUAGUCUAGGGUUUUCUGGAAUUGGGCCUUACAUGGGCUCUAAGUGGAUGGACAGCUACAUGGGCUCUAAGUGGACGGACAGCUACAUGGGCUGUGAGUGGACUGCUCUCAGUCUUUCAUGAAUAGAAAGGAGACAAUAUAUAUCCAGUACUAAAAAAUUCUCAUUAGAUCUUAAUUCAAAUUUAUUUUUCUA